AAACAUUUUUUUAAUUCCCACUUUCUAUACACAAUGGCUAGUGUUAUUGGAUACACAUUUUUUGUUAUUAUUAUUAUGAUGACAUUAUUAUUGCUUGGCACUACUACUACUUCACAUGGUGCAGCAGCUCCACCAUAUGGAUAUGGAAACAAUAAUAUUAUUAAUGUGAUUAAAUUUGGUGCAAAACCAGAUGGGAAAACAGAUUCAACUGAACAAUUCAAAAUGGCAUGGAAUUCAGCAUGCACAAGCAUAAGGCCAGCCACUAUUUAUGUCCCAAAAGGAAGGUACUUACUCAAAUACACCAAUUUCCGGGGUCCAUGUAAGAAUAAUAAGGUCACAUUUAUAAUCAAUGGAACUCUUGUGGCACCUUAUGAUUACAAUGAGCUUGCAAAUUCAGGAGGGUUUUGGAUUUUGUUCAACCAUGUUGAUAAUCUCACUGUUAUUGGUGGAAAUUUGGAUGCUCAAGGCUCUGCUUUCUGGGAUUGUAGGAGAUCUGGAAAGAAUUGUCCUGUUGGAGCAAGGUCAAUGACAUUCAACUGGGUGAAUAACCUGGUGAUUAGUGGGAUAACAUCAAUCAACAGCCAAUUAAGUCAUAUUGUGAUAAACACAUGCAACAAUGUCAUUGUAAAAAAUGUGAGAAUUAUUGCACCAGAUCAGAGUCCUAACACUGAUGGCAUUCAUGUUGAACACUCAAAAUGGGUUAAUAUUACUGGCACUACCAUUCGAACUGGAGAUGAUUGCAUUUCCAUUGGUGAUGCCACUUUCAAUCUCUUCAUGGACCAAAUCAAAUGUGGACCUGGCCAUGGCGUAAGCAUUGGAAGUUUAGCUAAAGAAAUGGAGGAAGAAGGAGUUGCAAAUGUGAGUUUAAGGAAUGCCAUUUUUUAUGGAUCUGACAAUGGAAUGAGGAUAAAGUCAUGGGCCAGAGCAAGCAAGGGCUUUGUUAGGAACAUUCUGUUCCAAGACAUUACAAUGUUCAACGUUCAGAAUCCCAUCAUCAUUGAUCAAAAUUACUGCCCCAACAACCAAGGUUGUCCUGGCCAGACUUCAGGAAUUGAAAUUAGUGAAGUUACUUACAAGAACAUACAUGGAAGUUCAGCAACAUCAGAGGCAGUAACAUUUGAUUGCAGUGCAAGUAAUCCAUGUCAAGGGAUCAAAUUGCAUGAUAUAAACCUAACUUACAACAACAAAGCUGCAACUUCAUCAUGCAACAACAUUAGAGGCACCACCUCUGGAACACUUGUGCUACAAAGUUGUCUGUAAAUAUAUUAUAAUAUUUAUAAGGGUAAAGUAUACUUUUUUUUCUCUUUGAAAUUUG